AUGUCGAACACGCCGGUGGAGGAGUCCCUCCUCCAAAUCAUCCGCAGCUACCACCAGUACGCGGCCCGCGGAGGGGACGCGGAGACCCUGACCCUGGAGCAGCUGAAGGCCCUGCUCCUGGACAGUGUGCCCCGCUUCAUGGAGAGCCUGGGCCGGAAGGAGCCGUACUUCCUCACCGAGCUGUUCCGGGCAGCGGACAAGGACAAGGACAACCAGAUCAGCUUUGACGAGUUCCUGUACAUCCUGGGCAGGCUGCUGAGGGACUACCACCUGCAGUACCACCGGCGGCUGUGCGCCCACUACUGCAGCCAGCACAGCCUCUACUAG